AUGUCCGAUAGGUAUAUUGUGGACAGAGGCAUUGUCCAUGGGGCCAAGUCGAUUCAUGACAUUAAUCCUGCCACACUAAUAGAGAAAAUCGUCAGAGAACGGAUUUAUGAAUCGCUAUAUUGGAAAGAGCAGUGUUUCGGGCUGGAUGCUGCCACGCUGUGUGACAAAGCAGUUGACCUACAGUUCAUUGGUGGCCAUUACGCCAACCAGCGAGUGAGCCCAUUUUUAUGUCUUACCUUCAAACUGAUUCAGCUUCAGCCUGAAGAGGAGAUCAUUCUAGAGUACUUGAAUCAGCUUGAUUUCAAGUAUCUUCGAGCCAUUGCCGCGUUCUAUGUUCGACUGUUUUUUCCUGCAGAGCAUGUCUACUCAUUGCUUGAGCCGCUUCUCCAGGACUACCGUAAACUGAGAUUACGAACGACCUCGUCUGUCAAGCUGACGUAUAUGGAUGAAUUUGUUGACUCAUUACUGACUGGAACUCGAGUGUGUGAUACCACGCUGCCGCGACUGCCCAAGAGAAUCGCCCUCGAAGAUAUGGGCAAAUUGGAGCCAUACAAAUCGCCACUCGAAUCAGACUCAGACUCAGAUUCCGACUCAGAAUCCGGUGGAGAAUGA